AUGGCAACCACAAUGGGAGAAACCAAACCUGUAGGAAACAAUGGAACUGAUACCGCCUCUGUUGGAGGAUAUAACGAAGGGGGAGCUAUGAGGAGAUUUAUCACUCCUGGUGGUCAUCCUAUCGAUACUUCUCAACCCGCUUUCCCCGUCUUUCACAGGAAAUUCGCAAACCCUUCCCCUCUGGGUUUGCUAGGUUUCGCAGCGACAACCUUCGUGCUCAGCAUGUACAACGUUCAAGCUCGUCAUAUCGCCACUCCCAACGUAGUCUUGGGUAUGGCCUUAGGAUAUGGAGGGCUGGUUCAACUCAUUGCGGGUAUCGAAGAAUGGGCAUGUGGUAACACGUUCGCGGCUACUGCCUUGAGUUCUUAUGGUGGAUUUUGGUUCUCUUUCGCCACAUUGUACAUUCCCCAGUUCGCAGUCGCCGCAGCAUACACUGUACCUGGCGAGUUCGAAAACGCCGUCGGCAUCUAUCUCGUUUCGUGGAGUAUCAUCACGUUCAUCUUUUUCAUUGCUAGCCACGCUCACCCUCCCAGUGUCGGUGGUUUCCUCGGACCCUCUGAAAAAGCAGUCAAAGCAGGCGGAGCUUUCGGUAUCCUCACAGCUGCCAUUGCAGCUUAUACCGCUCUUGCCGGUCUCUUGACUCGCGACACUUCUUACUUCCUCAUCCCCGUCGGUGAUCUCACUCGCAAGUAA